AUGUCAUCCUACUCAAAUUCAUCUUCAUCGGAAUCAUCAACCAAUGGUGGUAUAACGCGUCCAAAUAGAGGUGGAAGAAAACAAAUUAAAACAGGAACAUCAAAACGUAAUGCUCGUGAGCGUAAUCGUGUUCGACAUAUUAACACAUGUUUCGAUAUUCUUCGUCAACAUAUACCUCAUGAACGAGCAAAUAAAAAAUUAUCAAAAGUCGAUACAUUAAAAUCGGCUAUGAAUUACAUUGAAGAUUUACAACGAUUAUUAGGUAAAGAUACAAUGCUAAUACGAACACAUCAUGAUUUUGAAAAUGAAGAAGAUGAUAAUUAUCGAUAUUUACCGAUACCUACAAAUGACUUUUGUAUGAAUUAUCGUAUGAACGAAUGUUUAAGACAACAAUUUCAAAAUGGAAAAGAAAACCAAAUGGAAGAAACAUAUACGAUAGAUCAACAUAGACAAGACCAACAAUCAUUAAAUAUGAUGACUCUGAUGAAUACGACAAAACAUGAAGUAUGGGAUUGGGGUGAUAGCUCAACAAGUCAAUAA